UUUGUAUUACAGCGCACAAUAUCGUGGCAGUUAAUGGUAACGCGUGUCUUUUUCAGAGGACGUUGGUGGGACUACAAACGUGUCCGUGUUAUACCGUCGAAGGAGAAUUUAGGAGUCGUUCCAUCCUGUGACUGGCUGCUCUGAGAUCAGCUGCAUGUCGACGGAUAUAGCUUUAAAGGGAGAAAGAGCCUUUAAGUGAGCGAGCGUGGUGUAUUCUGUUUGGAACGGCGUAAUUUGGGGGUUUAACGCGUCGGAAACGCGCCGACUUUCUCUCGGUGAAAGUUGCAUUCGCCUGGACAUUGUUGAAGGCUCGGUAUGUCGGAUGAAGAUUCCCGUGCCAGCAGCAGCUCUUCCUCCUCUUCAUCGUCAACUCAUCAGCAUCAGCAUCAGCAGCAGCAGGAAGUGAGCACCCCGAAGAAGCGAGAAAGCAAAGCCAGCAUGAACAAGACCUCCAAACUCCUCUCGACCAGUGCUAAAAGAAUUCAGAAGGAACUGGCUGACAUUACAUUGGACCCACCACCAAACUGCAGUGCCGGCCCCAAAGGAGACAACAUCUAUGAGUGGAGGUCGACCAUCCUGGGCCCUCCGGGCUCCGCGUACGAGGGGGGGGUGUUCUUCCUGGACAUCGCCUUCACACCAGACUACCCCUUCAAACCACCCAAGGUGACGUUCCGUACGAGGAUCUACCACUGCAACAUCAACAGUCAGGGGGUGAUCUGUCUGGACAUCCUGAAGGACAACUGGAGUCCCGCCCUCACCAUCUCCAAGGUCCUCCUGUCCAUCUGCUCCCUGCUCACUGACUGCAACCCGGCUGACCCUCUGGUUGGAAGCAUCGCCACACAGUACACAACAAACAGACCUGAACACGACAGGAUAGCCAAACAGUGGACCAAACGCUACGCCACAUAGUCUGCAGAGGAGCUGCUGGCUGGACCACUCGGAGAUGUGGGG